AUGGCUAGCAGCCCCCCUAAUUCCCAACGAUCCAAUGCCUCCGAGACCUCUGCUCGACCUAUCCAAUCAACCCCACUUCGUCGUUCAAGUAGGCCACCAACUCCUCGUAAAACCAUCCCUGGAAUGAUACAACCUUCUGCCGACAGCCAAACCACAAUUCCUCUCCCGCAGCAAUCCACCAGUGGUACAUCGAGGGUACAAAAUCGAGCCAAACAAUCCCAGACGACAACCAGUGCUCCCGGUUUAGACUCUUCACAACAUUCGGCUCCAGCAUCCUCUCUGAAGCGGAAACGUCCUUCAAAGGCAUCACAGCCCCCUCGCGAAGACAUACCACCUGAGGACAAAAUGAAUGAAGACUCAGAGGACGGCCUGUCAAAACGUCAGAAGUUGAAGCGAGCAGAGGCCCUUCAAGUAAGCAGCAACAAUGAAGAAGAGAACCCGGAGUAUACUCCCGCGCGCGAGUAUUUUGGCGACCCUUGGAAAUCCAAGAGUGGACCAGAAUGGAAAACAUGA